UCUCCCGUGCCGCUGGUUUACCGGCAGGCGUUAGGCUUUUAUUAUUUUCUAAUUAAAAUCUCUACAGAGAUAAGUAAAGUUAAUUAUUUAAGUUUGCCGGUUUCGCGUAGAUCCACCGGUUUUGUGUCAAUUGUUGUAUAGUGAUUAUGUACCUAUUAAUGUUAAGUAGUUUUAGCGAAAUCUGAAAUAAGGUAAUUUAGCCAAAAGCCAAAAUGCCGGACUGGAGUUGGUUGGUGAUGGCAGCCCUUUUCGGAGCAGUUUCCGCGCUCUCCGUGCCGCUGGCACUCCUGCUGUACUUCGUGAGACCUUUCGAGCAGAAGACGCCGGCCGAAGAAGACUUCUGCUUGCCUAUUACUUUACCUCCGGAAAUUCUGAACGAACUAACUCGAGGUGCAGGGAGUACGCCAGAGGGCGCGCUCAACGCGAUGCUGCAGUUCAUAUUCCAGCAGAGCACAGCUGACACUCGCUGGCUGCGACGGCGUAUGGCCAACGAGCUCGCCGAACUGCUGGCCAAAACAUCCUCCGGAAAGAUUUUUGAGUCUCUUACGCUCCGUUCACUAGAAGUGGGCACAGAGUUCCCGAGCAUCACCAAUCUCCGGCUGGUGAAUGGAGAGUUAGAAGAUGACGGAGCAAGGUUGCGGUCGCUGGACUUGAAGUUCGACCUGCAGUACGACGGCAGCUUCAGGAUAGAAGUCGACGCUGUCAUGCUGUUGGGGAAGAUUGCCAACAUUUCUAUCACCGUGGAGAGCAUAAGCGGCAACGUCCGGGUGAUGUUCCGACGCACGCCAUACACGCACUGGGCGAUCGCGUUCGAAGCUCCUCCGCGCCUGGAGCUGCGAGUGCGAGGUCGCUUCCAAGGCAGGCAGCUCAAGCCUCGGCUAGCGGCCCUCGUCGCUGCUCAUAUCAGAAGGGCCGUAGCACAACGGCACACGCUUCCCAAUUAUAAAAUUAGAUAUAAGCCGUUUUUCCCAAAAUCCGAGCCAGGUAGUACGGAAGGGGAGGAUGGUCCAACCCCUCACGGUCGACUCACGGUUCGACUGGUUGAAGUGACUCGGCUGCAAUGGGCUGGAACCAACGGCACUGUACGCGCUGCGUUAGCCGUCGACUCACAUGGAUGGGUAUCACUUCGCCGGGGUAUACUAGUUCUCGAUGUGGUUCUACCAGCAGUGUCAGGUCCACUGGGGCUGGUGUGUUGUCAAGGAGUGGGCGUGGUGUUGGUGGACACAGUGGUGCCGAUGUCGCCGGCUUACAGAGCCGACCUGCGUCGCGAUGACGUCGUGUUGGCUAUCGACAACAAGCCUGUCAAUAAUGUUGCUCAAGUGGGGAAACUGUUACGUUGUGUAGAACGCCGCGCAGUAACAGUGCGGGUGAGGAGAGGCGGGUCGGGCGGCUCGACAAGAAGGGAAGACGAGCCCAAAAGAUUGCGCACUAAUUUCUCCUUUCGACGCGUUUCGGAGGUCAUGGAAGGGGUCCGAAUACAGGGCAUCCGUUCUACGGCUUCUAAGAAUAACUUAAUGGAAACCGAUUCACCCUCAAAGUCAUCAGAACAGCAAUCUGAAAACGACACUCCAGUCAAACAAAAAGCUGAACCACAAACCAUAAGGCCAGUUUCCAAGACCACCGACCCGAUCGGCCCAGCAAACUUUGGUUUACGUAAACGCAGAUGUUCCGUAGAAAACAAAUCUUCUGACAGUUCUGCCGGGAGCACGCCACCGGCUUCUGGUGCAAGCACGCCUUUGCGACAAGCAGUAGUAACGAACAAGACUGUCAAACAUCCAGACAUACCCAUUAUUAAAACAGAUUCUUCUGAAUGCAAAAUAUCUGAAAAGGCUGAAAACGUGGAGGAAGAAGAACUAUUCGAAACGGGCGGCCCUAGACAAUGCGAACACGUAGAAAUAUGUCAAAUGUUUUGGACAAAAUGUGUGCCAAUAAAACCGAUAAUACCAUUCGACGAAGAAACCGAAUUUAAACUGAACGAGAAUCACAAGUACCUGAAUAUAAAUGUGUGGUCAACGUUGCCGGGAGAGAAAGAUGAAAUUUUAUUAGGUUAUUUGAAUAUACCGUUAGCGGCAUUGCUUGGUGAGUGCCAAGAUUCCACGGUUCCUCAUCACAUGAAACGUUAUCAGUUUCUGCCGCCAGAUGUAGAUAUUAAGUUUAGCAAAACCCACAAACUAGCGUCGCACGCCGGUUUCGAGCCGUGCUUAUGUUUCGGGGAUGCCCUGGUUUGGUGGGAGUGGGAGGACGCCGGGAACGCGCGGGCACCGCGUCCAGCGCCAAAGAACAACCAACCAAGAACCCAGCCCACUAGAACUGUCCAUGAUUUUGUACGAACACACUUUCAUAGGUCCACGCAGUGCGAUUUUUGUAAUAAAAAGAUUUGGCUGAAAGAUGCAAUGCAGUGCCGCAACUGCGGGCUGUGCUGUCACAAGAAAUGCGUUACGAAGUGUCAGGAGACUUCGCCGUGUGUCCCGAGACAAGAUCGAGAUCAGUCCUCAGGAGUUGGAUGCCCGCCUCCAGAGCUGACCAUGACUGAACCGGACAACGCCGUGGACGCCGACUCGGAUGAUGACGACAAAUGUGACAGAAAGGACUCCUUGGAUGUCCAGGAAGAAGGCGGUGGAGCUAUGAGCGCCUUGGUGGCAGGGCUGCGUCGCGCGGGCUCUGCGCAUUCCCUGUAUGCGCCGAGGAGCAACGCAUCUUCAAGAUCUUUGCCACCUUCGCCCAGUCACACUCCCAGGAAACAGUCGCUAGAAUCGGGAAACCCGUUUAGCGGCUGUGGCGCGUCGUGGCUGGCGCGCGCAGGCGUCAGCGCGAUGUUGCAGCCCGCGCUGCGCAGCGCUCUGCCACCAGACGCUCUCUUAGCGGCCGCCAGGGACUCCGCUCCGGAUCUUGCGGCCAAACUCACUCCCACACAGAUACAUGAAAUGCUUCAAGCCGUCCGCGAGGAGCUGUCGGCGCUGGACGCGGGCGGCGAGGAGGGCGGCGAGGGCCGCGCGUGCGCGCUCACGGCGCUCAUGCUGCACUGCUGCGCCGCCGCCCAGCUGGCGCAGCAGCGCGCCGCCGACGGCAACACUUGAUCUCAUUAAACCAUUGU